AUGGAACCAGAGAAGUUUGCUUCUGUGGAAACACUGGGGUCUGCAAACAACAGUAUGUCCCUGCCAGUGAGUCCAUCAGAGUUUCCAGUCUCUGAUGCAUGGGAUAUCAUCUACAAUGUCAUACCCCCAUACCUCUUCAUCUUAUGCCCGUUAGGCCUUCUCUUUAACAGCUUUGUCCUGGGGGUGUUUGUGGCCAACAAGGAUCGACUAACUGUUGCGGAGAUCUACCUGAGCAACCUGGCAAUGGCCGACUUUAUUCUCUUAUGUGGCCUCCCUUUCUGGGCAAUGAACAUCCUCAAUGACUUUAACUGGCCAUACGGAGACACCUUAUGUAAACUGGUCAACUCCCUCUUCACCAUUAAUUUCUACACCAGCAUCUACACCCUGGCCAUGAUUAGCGUUGACCGCUACCUAGCUCUUGUGAAGACCGUGAAAGCCAGGUGGCUGAGACGGACACUUUAUGCCAAGGUGACCUGCUUCAUCCUGUGGAUACUAGGGCUCCUACUAAGCACACCGACUAUGGUUCACAGAAAGGUGAAGUUCAUUGAGGAGCACAGGACAGUGUCCUGUGUACUGGAUUACUCUCAUGAUAGCUCUUGGAAGCUGGCCCAUCAGGUUCUGAUGAACGUGGUGGGCUUUGUGAUCCCUGUUCUGGUCAUUGUUUUCAGCAGUGGGAACAUAAUAAAGGCUUUAGCUCAGAGGAGGGAGAAUGUAGGUAUUCAUAAUGCUAACGACAGAAAGGCCACAGCACUGGUGUAUGCUGUUACACUACUCUUCUUUCUGUUUUGGGCUCCCUUCCAGCUAUUCACCUUCCUCGACACACUCUGUGAUGUCCAAGCGUUGGAUGAGAAGCUGUGGUCUCACACUCUCGAUAUAGGAGGUCAAGUAUCAGUGUAUCUGGCCUUUCUCAACAGUGCCCUCAACCCACUGCUGUAUGUCUUCUCAGGGCAGUACUUUAGGAAGAAAGUUGCUGCCAUCUACAGGAGGACUAGACUUCAUCGCAUUGGAUCAGAUAUGACCACUUAUCAACGCUCUGUUAUUUCCACUUACAUCAACAGAACAGAGCAAAUUAAGACUGUGGUCAUUUUUAAUGCAAAGGAUCAGAUGUGA